UCCACUUUUCCUAUAGUAAUUCAUAUACAAACUUCAAAGGUCCAGUGCAUGAACUGGCAUCCAAAUAAGCUCAAAUUUUGGUAGGAAAGUCAGGACCUUAUAUGAAACCGAUUGAGCUGGGUUGUGCAAAAUCGAUAUUUUGAACUACCCUAAUGCGCUUCUUAUAUAGACACUAGUUGAAUGAUUGUAACCGAUUAUAUUCGGAUCUUGUUGUCGAUUUCGGUACGCGCUAGUUUACAGUCAACAUCGAAUACUUUCAGAUUGGAUCUAAUCUGUUCUGAUUAAAGAGAUGCGAAGUCCGGUAAGAAAAACAUUCCGAAGAGCAGCAUACUUCAAAGAGCGAUCCAUCCCCGUCGAAGAGGUUAAUCAAAUUAUCACAAGUGACAGUUCCCAUAAUAGCAGUGGCAUUUUCAACGCGGAGAUCAUGAAGCGAACAUUUGACGACUACGAACCAACCAUUUGCUACAACAAGCCGGCGGCAGCUGUCGUUUCAUCUGAAUGGUGCCAAGCUAAUAGAUCUUCCGCUUUGGCCGGAACUCUUGUCCAUGAAUUGAUCGUGGCGAAAAAAUCCUCUCGGGCAUGGAAGAUGCAAACCGGUGAUCUGUGUCGAAUUUCUCUCAUAGAAGGAUCCCAAGUUGGAGAUUUGAACUUUUGGAAUUUGCACAACCCAACCGAACGUUUCUACUCCGGCAAGACACGGCAACUGCACGCAUCACAUCUCAAAACUUACGACCGUUUGUGGAGCUGUUUUCCUUAUUUGCGUCCGAUGGCUACCUUUGUGAUGGAUUCGUUGGCCAAUUAUGGUAUCGAUAAGGAUGGCGGUGCGUUGCACGAUGUGAUUGGGACACGAUGUGACGAUUACACGUACAAGCUGAUUACCGGGAAGGACCGUGUUGGAAGUUGUCAUAGUUAUCUGAAGGAAGCUAUUCAGGAGUUUGGGCUGGAUGAGUCGUACGUGCAUGAUGUGUGGAAUAUUUUCAUGUGUACGGGAUUUACGAAGGACACUCAUCAAUACUUUUGCAAACCGAGUCCAGCUAGGAAAGGAGAUUUCAUCGAAUUCAUCGCCGACAUGGAUCUGUUGGUUGCUCUAAGUGCUUGUCCGCAAGGAGAUGUCUCGAUAGUCGUUGGACAAGAAGUGCCCGAAGACAAAUGUUUUCCAUUGAAAGUGGAAGUUUAUCGCCCUUGAAAACUGUACCUAUGAAAUUAGCAUGAUUGCAUGGAAUUAUUAUGCAGCUAAGUUGAAUAUCCUGAAAACUAAAUGUAUCAUUAUAAAAAUAGAUUUUUA